AUGACAGGGCUCUGCGGUCUACCCAUGGAGUUGCUCCUUAUAAUUUACUCUUUUAUUCCAGUGCCUUACGCCGGCAAAUACAUUUUGGAUGAAAUUGCCAGAGCCCGGUCCAACUCCGCCGCAGUCGCCCAUGACAUUUCGAAGGACAUUCGACGCGAUCGAGCCGGACUUGUGAAUCUUGCCCUGACAUGCAAGAGGCUCAGCAGUCUCCCUCUAGAGUCAACCUGGCGCGAGACCAACUUUGGCUUUUACGCCAGAGACAGCCAAGAGGCUAUCUUCCUGAUGAUUAGCUUUCUUUGGAAAAUCCGGAAAUACCCCGCGCAAUUAUCGUCGAUCAGGAAAUUGUACAUCUAUGUCGACGAAGCGUUCGCGACUCCUGCCGAGAUCGCCGAUGACAGCCGGGACUUCGUCAUGCAGGCUGUGCAAUCCAUUGGUUUCGACUAUAACAGAGUUAUACGCGGCAACGAUUGGCAUCCACGAUUCCAGCUCCGCGAAGCAAUCAAAAGUAACGGCUCAGAAGCACUUAUGGGGACCCUUCUCUUGACUAUCAUCCUCCACUUGCCUCGUGUUGACGAUAUGGCUUUUAAUGUCACGCCAUACACGUGGAAAUACUUACAGAUAAUCUACAAAAGCUGUAUAGAUAGCCGGCUUGAUGCUCGGAGCCUGAACUCCAGCAGCGACGACACCGUCACACGAGAUGUCGAGGGUGAUGGGUCGGAUGCAGAGCAGAAUAUCUUGGCGCGCAGGCCGACGGGCCACAGGCAGGAAUACGCCCCGCUCAACACAGUGCGUUCAUUUUCCUUUCGAAAUCCGCAACGGGCCGAGGAAGACUGGGCCAUGUGCAACCGCGCAUAUGACUGCCUUUUCCCACUUGCCCCGGGAGCCGAAGUCUACUCGCAUGGAUACGAUCGCUCGGAGGUCUGUACUAUCGAUGACUGCAAGUACCUCCGCGGAACAUUAACGCCAAACCUAACAUCGAUCGUGUUGGUAAAGAUGUUGAUGGGCCCCACGGCCCUGCGUCAGACGCUGUCCGACUGCCGGCAGCUUACGAAGUUCAUCUACGUGGCACAAGGCGAAGUCGCCCGCAAUGGGCGAGAUCUGACGGCUGGCGAUGUCAUUGAAGCUCUUGAGGUACACGCAAAGACACUGAAAACGAUCUGCAUAGACUGCCGGAGUCCGAGGAAAGUCCACCCAAUCAAGUCGCUGGAAACGUUCACCGCGCUGGAGAACCUGUGGCUGCAUGUCGACUCGUUCUUCGAAUUCAAACAAGGAGGUGCUUGCGAUCCCGAGACGCUCAUAGCAAGAAGCUCUAUGUCAGCCGCAAUCGGAUCCGUCCCCAGCAUGUGUCGGAAUAUUCACGAGAAAUUGCUAGGACUAGCCGCCAAUAAUGGCACAUUUGCCGGUGGAAACGACAGUCGACUUUCGGAUUGCGAAAUAAUUCAUCCCGCUUUUCACAGUCUACCAGCUUCUCUAAAGAAGUUUCACUUGAGCGGACCGGUGAGAUUCCUUCUCUCCGACUUGAUGUCAAUGUGGGAGAAACACGCCUCACAACACCCUAUCCAGCGCCUGCCCAACGUCCUCGCCAUCGAUGAAGCUGCGCAGGAUUGGCCCACCAAACAUUUACUUCAAUGUGGCAACAUUCAUGGACUCAAUAUAAAAUUCGAGAUUGAUCCUCUUCCGCAACUGUGGUAG